GUAACAGUCAGAAAGCGAAGCUGCCUCAGGACUUGAUGCCAUUCACACCAACACUACCCUGUGCUCUGCGUGUACGCUUUUUUUUUUGUUUUCGCUACAUGGUUCAGGCUUGUGAACUUUGAGGUUGUCAUUACAUUACUGCUUUUAUUCUGUGCCUGCUCGCCUCGGACAGAACCGAAUUUGUCGUUUUCCCACGCAGUGAAUGUCACCAAAAGCAACGUGAACUUGGCUGAAACAUCAUUGUACAGUACAACAGGCUCGUUCCACGGAUUAAACCUCAUCUGUCCGGCAGCACUGCUGGGAGAAGCCCAGACCCAUUACAUCAGAACCACUGAGAACACAGUCUUUUGAAAUGAAAGAGGGAAAAGGAUAACCUCAUGCACUGUAAAGACAUGAGAGGACCAAGGUGCACGUGAAGAUGUCCCAGAACGCAACUAAAACAUGGUGCCUUAGGCUUGUUCCAGUUCUUUUCUUCAUCUCCUUUGUCACAUACUACUGUUCCGAUGCCAUAUUUCAGAGCUAUGGAAGCACCAGCAAGCCUCUGAACAGUAGCAAAACUCUGUGUGGUGGCUGGCUAACCCAGAAGAAGUGGGAGAGCCUUAACUUUAACAUUAGCAGACGGACUCAGCUCUUUCUGAAACUGGAGGAUUUCUUCUGGCGGGAGCAUCUGUCAGCGCUGGAAUUACCUUAUGGCAUUAAGGGCAGCGAGCUGGUGCUACUGAAAGUUCUCGCUGUAACUGCAAAUUAUCAGGUGCCAGCCAACAUUGAAAAGCUUGAAUGUAGAACCUGUGUAGUCAUAGGCAAUGGUUUUGCCAUUAAAAACAGCUCCUUGGGAAGCAUCAUCAACAAAUACGACGUGGUCAUUCGAGGAAAGAAGAAUAAAAGAGGGUUGAAUAAUGCCCCAGUGAAAGGCUAUGAAGAGGAUGUGGGGAACAAGACCACCAUGAGGUUCUUCUACCCCGAAUCGGCCUCCUACAACCCUGGACUGCAAAACGAGCCUGGCACGCUCAUGGUCCUCGUGCCUUUCAAACAGCAAGAUCUGCGUUGGCUCAAAGAAAUCCUUUAUAAUGAGAAGAGGGUCAGGAAAGGCUUCUGGAAGCCCCCUCCCCAAAUCUGGUUGGGUGAUGUCAGUAAAAUCAGAGUGCUGGACCCCCACUUUCUGCACCAGACUGCAGAUAGACUGCUCCGGAUCCCCCUGCACCCCAAGAGUAGACAGCCAGUGCAUCCUACCACGGGUAUCCUCGCUGUGGUUGUCGCUCUCAACUACUGUGAUGUGGUCCACAUUGCUGGUUUUGGAUACCCUAACUCAAAGAGCCAAAGGCAACCUAUCCAUUACUAUGGGUAUGACACCAUGAGGUCCAUGAAGAAUUCUUACCAUGACCUCAAUCAUGAAGCUGACGCCUUAAAACGACUGGAGGAUUCAGGAGCUAUUAUGUACCUGCACCCACAUUUAUGAUACACACUUUUUUUCCUGUUUGAUUAAAUCCAAAAACAAAGAUUGUACACCAAAUUGUAUCUGAAUUGGGUUUGGCUCCUCUGAUCCAAAUCGGAUCUUAAAUGUGCCUUCUGCAGCGGGAUACAAGACAUUUUUCUGUCAAGGUUUUGAGUGUCACAGAUUUAGCACUUAAGAACAUUUGUCUCCCUGGCACCUUAUAUUCUGUAGAGCUGCUUUUUUAAAAUAGAUUUCCUGUGAUUUAUCAAGUGCAAUGGUUUUUGGUAGCAUGGCUCAGCAUUUUACAUACAUUUUGAAGGUUUGUAACCAUUAUGGGUAAACUUUCUAUUAAUGGGGUGACCCAGGUGUUGGUUUAAUCUAAUCUAUCUAAUUUAGGUCUGAUAACAUUGGCUCUUCAAUAAUUCCAGUGCUUUGAUGUUGUUUUUAGGGCCAUGUGAUGGUUUGCCAUAAUGUAGGACUCAAGCAUUUCAGAUCUACAGCUCAGCAUGGGGUACAUUUCAUGCGUAUCAGUAAGACUAAUCAGUAUCAUGGUUUGAGAUUUGUUUUUCAUUUUAACAAGUAAGAUGUAGUCUUUUUUUUUUAAAGUAUGUUUUACAGGAUAAAAAGAGGUGUUUUAGAAUCUCUGGGGAUUUUUUAAUGAACUUUCAAUAUACAUUUUAGUUGAAAUGAAAUGAAAAUGAACAGAUCAAACCCGAUUCACACAGUAAGGUGGAUUGCAUUCAGCUUACUUUUAGAUUUUGUCAGACUGGAAAUACAGAUUGUAUUUUUUACAGUUAGAUUAGAUUAUAAUUGCUGUUUAAUUUAUUAAAUUUUUUUCCAGAAACAAACAA